AUGGCUAUUCAAGACCAACUGAGCGCCCUUACGGCGCACCCAUACCUUCUGCUCUUCUCAGCUCUGGUUGUGAUUCCAUCGGUCAUACUCGCCCACGACAUACUCCAAUGGAUGCGACUCCCGCCAGGACCAACACCUCUCCCCUUCGUUGGCAACAAAUUCGACAUCCCAAAAUCGCAACCCUGGAUCCAAUUUGAAGAAUGGUCCAAGAAAUAUGGACCAAUCUUCACACUCUGGAUUGGACGAAAGCCGACAUUGAUCAUAUCCGACCCCAACAUCGCCGUCGAUUUGAUGGAGAAACGGAGUCAGAAGUACAGCUCACGCCCACGAAUGGUCGUGAUGGGUGAGAUCUACAAUGGCAACUCAUCCAUCUUGACGCAACCAUACGGCAAGGCUUGGUCCAUUCGACGAAAGUUGCUGCAUCAGGCUUUGAAUCCGAAGGCACUUAGACUGUACAAACCCACCCAGGAAGCCGAGGCCGUGAGAUUAUGCCAUGCACUGCUCAACGAUCCGCAAGGAUGGGAACAGCAACUAGAACGCUUCACUUCGAGCGUAGUAUUCUGCGUCGCUUACGGCCAUCGGAUCGACUCGCUCAAGGCGCAGGUCAUCGCUGAUCGGUUCAAGUUCAUGCACUAUAUGGCUUCCCUGAACAUUCCCGGCAAAUACCUGGCCGAAACGUUUCCUAUCCUCGGAAGCAUUCCAUCGACGUUCUUGACCUGGAAGCGAGAGGUCCAAGCUAUGGGCAAGACUGAGGGACAGGCUAAUCUGGAACUGCUAGAGAUGGUCAAGCAGGACAUCGCUUCGGCCAAAGCACAAGGCAAUCCCGAAGCAGUACCGGACAGUCUCUGUAAGCUGCUACUGGAGAUGCGGGAGAAGGAAACCGUACCGCUAAGCGAAACCCACUUCAGCUACGUACCGGCUUCUCUUUUCGGCGCAGGCUCAGAUACCACCGCAUCAACUCUCUGCUCCGCCUUCCUUGCCCUCGUGACCCACCCCGAUGUCCUCAAAGCUGCCCAGAACGAAGUCGAUUCCAUCGUUGGGACAGACCGUACGCCCACCUUCGCCGACGAGCAAAGCAUGCCGUACAUCCGUGCCCUCUGCAAAGAGACCCUCCGCUGGCGACCAGUAGCAGUGCUAGGCGGCACGCCGCACGCAUCAACAGAAAAUGACCACUACGAAGGCUGGACAAUCCCUGCAGGCGCAACGAUCUUGGGCAACAACUGGGCCAUCAAUCUCAACGAGUCCUACUACCCAAACCCGCAUCACUUUGACCCAGUCCGGUUCCUCUCAGAUAAGGAACGAGCGGACAAGGGCAUCGAUAAGCAGCCGUAUGUCGGCGAGAAGAUGCACCCAGCUAAAGCAGGCCAUUCUUCCUUUGGGUGGGGACGACGUAUCUGUCCUGGAGCUGAUUUGGCGGCGAACAGCCUGUUCAUCGCCUUGGCGAAGCUGUUGUGGGCGUACGAUAUCCUGCCUGUGGAGGGAAGGAAGUACGAUAUCUUCGCGUAUACGGAUGGGUUUAACGUGCGACCGAAGAAGUUUGAGUGUGUGAUUCGGGUGAGGAGCGAGCAGCAUCGGAAAGUGCUUGAGAGGGAGCAGGGGGAUGCUAUGAGGUGGUUGGAGAAGUUUACGCCGUUUGGGGAGUAA